CGUGCUGGCGUCAUCGUAACGUUCCUAUUGGUUGGUUGCUACGCUAAUUGACCAGGAGAACCGGCUGUCAACUAUUUAGAUAGUGAGAUGGAGCGUACUCGGCGGCUUUCUCAAAACUCACAGAGGAUGGACUCGGCUCGUAGUGGAAGUAUUUGUAGGCAUUUCCUUAAUGGCUUUUGCCGAUACGGUGCAAGGUGUUGUUACAGACAUGAAUGGCCAGUUAGACCAUCACCCCAAAUAUGUAGGUACUUUCAGAAAGGUGGAUGCUGGUAUGGUGACAGCUGCAGGUAUCGCCAUAUUCGGCAGCCAGAAGUUGAUACGACGUUUGCAGGUAGAAGAGCCUCUGUGCCUACCUUCCCCCACUCUAGGCAUACUUAUUCUCCCAUUGAAAGAAGAGGGUCGGAGGCUACAGUUUUGCUAGCUGAAGUGAUGAACAGGCAGCAGUUCAGCAGAUCAGAAUCUUUAGUUAACAUGUCAAAUUUUCAACAUGAUGUUGGAUACCAGCCGGCAAACAUCACUGUGGAACAAUCUCAAGAGACUCACCCAGAAUUGAUCCAGAGCGUAGAAUCUCACUGGAACUCAACUCAGAGCUUAGACGCUGCAGAAGCUGACUUGGAUGCAGGCCAGAGGUCAGAUGUUGCAGAGACUAACUCGGAAUCGGCCCAGACGUCAGACGUUGCUCAAGCAGGUGCAUGCCAAGGAAGGAAUGAAGAGGCAAUCCCUUCAUCGGAUGCACCAGAGGAUGGGGCUUCUGCUGCUGCAGCCUCUAGUACACAAAGUCAAGUAGAGGAAAUGGAAGCCUUCAUCCAGAGUAAAGACGUGACCUGUGGCAUCUGCAUGGACACGGUAUAUGAAAAGACCGAUCCAAGAAAUCGAGUCUUUGCAAUCUUGCCAAACUGCAAUCAUUCCUUCUGCUUACAAUGCAUCAUGACCUGGAGGAAAACGAAAGACCUUGGGCCCGACGUGGUAAAGACCUGCCCACAGUGUCGAGUGAGGUCUCCCUUUUAUGUGCCGCACAAAUACUGGGUUCAAGGAGAAGCAAAGACGAGUGUGAUUGCUGCAUUCAAAGACAAAUUCGGUAAGAAAUGCUGCGGUUACUACGCCCGGUACAGAUGGUGUCCCUUCAAAACGGAGUGCCUUUAUCGUCAUGAUAGACAUGCGCAUCAUGCGUCACUUCAGUAUCCCACAGAAGACGAGGAUGAAGAUGAGUGUGAUGGUGUAGAUCUGCUGAAUUUCUUCAUAGCCAUGACCCUGCUUGGUGAUGACGACGACGAUGACGAAUAUGAUUUUCCUUUUUACCUAGCUGCGGAGUAUGGUUUCUGAGCUUUUUCCAUAGUUUUUGUCAGUGCCUGAAACCACUGAAUGGGGCCUUCACCAAAAAAAAAAGAAAAAAAAUCAUUGGCUCCUGGAGAACACAUGGCUGUGUUUUGACCUUUCUAUCCUCUUUGAAAUCAGUAUUGAAACAACAUUUUGAGAAGCCCUUAAUGAAGAUCAGAGAUAUCGGCCAUACAUCACGGAGUCCAAAAUGUGUGCAGUUCUUAAUGGGCCAGUCUACAGCAGUUAAUUUCACUAACCAGCACUCAUUUAACCAGGGAGCAAGUAACUUGUGAAAUUCUUUGCUGUAGUCGGUCUGGAAAUGUGCACAUGGCUCUCCACAACACAUGGUUUGUUGACUCUGUUCUUGAUAUAGGCAUCCCUAAUUUGGCACAUUGUUAGUUUGUACCUCCAAUGUAUAUAUAUUGUUAACCUGUUUUGUUGUAGUUGGGGGUUUAUUUCCCCCCUCCACAGCCAUAGUGCUUCAAACAUGUAGCAGAUUGAUAUUUUUCCCAUUUACCCCUUUACUGUUCAUUGGGACUGCUCAGCUUAGGCUUUCUGGCCUAGUGAUUUGCACAAUUUUGGAAUUUUAAGUGUUCUGUGGAUGGUAGUUUUAAUUUCCUAAAAAGGUUAAAAAGUGUACUGUACUGUUUCUUGUCCACUAGUGCUGAUAAAUACCUCAAAUUAUAGUUUUGACAGGAAGUUAAAAUGUUAAGAUUUUAUUUCUUUUAAACAAGUUGUACUUGUACACAGAAAAUAAAACAUUGUUUCUCA